AUGAUCCUUUUACAAUUCCGUCAAUUUCGUGAAGAACAAUAACUGCGAAUGAAAAGUGAUUUCGGGAAAUAAAUUAGUAGCCUUUUCAUGUGAUUUUGUGAACUUGUGUUGGUGCAAAAUUAAUUGUAGACUGUAUUUGUAUAGUAUUUUUCGAGCAAAGUUCCCAAAAAAACGUACCGCUUGGUAGUAAUAUGAGUAAUGUUACCAACCAAAAUGGAACAGGUCUAGAGCAGCAGCUUGCUGGUCUGGACUUGCAGCCUCAGGCUCCUAAGAGUGCUGGCCGCUACAUUCCCCCGCAUCUGCGCAGGCAGUUGCAGGCCACCACUCCUCAAGGGGAAGAGUCUAAGCGUUCAAGCUUAGACAGUCAUCAAAGCGAGUCAAGGGACAACCGUUCAUCAUUCGGAGGCAGCUCUAGAGGCUACGACCGUGGUGGUCGGCGCGACGACCGCGAGCGUGACCGCGACCGUGACUACGAUCGCGGCUACGAUUCGCGAUACCCGCGCAGGGACCGCGGUCGUGAUCAGGGAUAUCAAAAUGGCGAGUCAGAUCGCUUUAGUGAGAACGACAGAUGGGGCUCCGGCUCCGGGUCCGGCGGGCGCGGUGGCAGCGCCAGCGGCGGGCGCGAGCGCGGCAUGGAGCGCGACGUGCGCCGCGACGAGGACUUCAACGAGCCGCCGCAGCCGCGCAACGACCGUUGGAAGGAGCCCGAGCCGCGCUCCGAAGACCGCGGCAAUUCGCGCUGGGCCUCUGACGAUGUCCGCCGUUCGAGCUCUCGCAGGGAUGAGAAUGACUGGACGGUCCCGCUACCUCGCGACGAGCGGCAGGAGCUGGAGCUGUUUGGCACGGGCAAUACCGGGAUCAACUUCUCCAAGUACGAGGACAUCCCGGUCGAGGCCAGCGGUGACCGCGUGCCGGAUUUCAUUACUAGCUUCGAGGAUGUUAACCUGACGGAAAUCAUGCGGUCGAACAUAAGCCUCGCUCGCUACGACAAGCCCACGCCGGUGCAGAAGUACGCGAUACCGAUCGUGCUCGGACACCGGGACGUGAUGGCCUGCGCGCAGACCGGCUCCGGCAAGACGGCCGCCUUCCUCGUGCCGAUACUCAACCAGAUGUACGAGGCGGGACCGGUCAAGCAUAUGGGACCUUAUAAUCGACGCAAGCAAUACCCGCUGGGUCUGGUGCUGGCACCCACUCGAGAGCUCGCUACCCAGAUUUUCGAUGAAGCAAGGAAGUUCGCAUACCGCUCCCGUGUGCGCCCUUGUGUGGUGUACGGUGGUUCACCGAUCCACGAACAGUUCCGCGAGCUCGAGCGCGGCUGCCACCUGCUGGUGGCGACGCCGGGCCGUCUGGUGGACAUGUUGGCGCGCGGCCGCGUGGCGCUCGACCACUGCCGCCACCUCGUGCUCGACGAGGCCGACCGCAUGCUGGACAUGGGCUUCGAGCCCCAGAUCCGCAAGAUCGUCGAGUGCCACACCAUGCCGAAGACCGGCGAGCGGCAGACUCUCAUGUUCUCCGCCACCUUCCCCAAGCAGAUACAAGUGCUGGCGCAGGACUUCUUGAGCAACUACGUCUUCUUAGCGGUGGGACGAGUCGGCUCCACUUCGGAGAACAUUACCCAGAAGGUGGUCUGGGUGGAAGAGUCACAAAAGCGCUCGUUCUUACUGGACUUGCUGAACGCUUCUAACCUGCUGAAACGUUCCCGCCCUGAGGAGGAUCAACUCACGCUGGUGUUUGUUGAAACUAAGAAAGGAGCGGAUCAACUGGAGGAAUACUUGGACAGCGACGGGUACCCGGUGACGUCGAUCCACGGCGACCGCACGCAGCGCGAGCGCGAGGAGGCGCUGCGCCGCUUCCGCACCGGACAGACGCCCAUCCUCGUCGCCACCGCUGUGGCCGCUAGAGGUCUGGACAUACCUCACGUGCGUCACGUGAUCAACUUCGACUUGCCGUCGGACGUGGAGGAGUACGUGCACCGCAUCGGGCGUACCGGCCGCAUGGGCAACCUGGGCGUGGCCACCUCCUUCUUCAACGACUCCAACCGCGGCCUGGCGCGCGACCUCGUCGAGCUGCUGGUCGAGGCCAAGCAGGAUGUACCCAAUUGGCUAACGAGCACCGCGGCCGACGGGCGCCUGGGCAGCAGCGGACGCCGCGCCGGCAGUCGCUCGGGCGGCGGCGGUCGCUUCAGCAGCGCCGGCGGCAGCGGCUUCGGAGCCCGCGACUUCCGUACACAGCCGCGCCAGCCGCCUAGGAGUGCUGGAGCCUCCUCUAUCGGUUCUGGUUUUGGAUAUGGAGGCGGCGGCGGUUCGUACGGCGGCAACUACGGCGGGUCAUACGGCGGCGGCGGCGGCGGCGGAGGCAGCGGCGGCCCCGACUGGUGGGACUCGUAAGCGCGCCCGUCGCCUCGCACCCACCCUGGACACGUCCGCCAUCGCUCAUCACUAACCUUAAGGGUCACCACCUAACAUUCGCGGACAUUCAGAUUCAUGCGUAUUUUGGAUCUAGAACAGCGGAUAAUAACAACGCAAUAAUGAGAUAUAUUAUUUCCAACACCUUUUAUUUUAAAAUAUACUUGUUUUCCCUAAUAUGUAUUCAUGCCUGUGUCUUUGAAGUGCUCUGGCAGCACACAUAAAAGGUGUGCAAAACAGAUGGUAACAUAAUUAUUUAUUAUCUCGAGAGGCCAAUGCAAGAAACUUAUUAUGCCUUUUGAAAUAAUACAUAAUAUUUUUACAUGGGAAACAAUCAAAUAUACACCCUAUUAGUGGAAAUCAAAUAUUUACUUAAUAGCAAUAAAAUUUACAAAUAAAUACAUAUUUAUUUCAUCAUGUUUAUUACUUGAGUAGUACGCAAGCGAUAAAAAGUUUGCCGUUAAAAAAGCAGAUAAGUAUCUGUUAGGUGAACGCGGAGGCGGCGGUAGGGAUGCCUCUUAAAAUUCUUAUAUUUGACGGUAGACUGAAUUGACUACGUUUACGUGUGACAUGACAGGAUGGAGUGCGGUGCGAGUGUGAAUUGGCGGUGUACAAGCGAGCGGCCGCGAGCUCUGAAUCUCAGGCGCGCUGCUCGCGGCCGCUGCCGCGGGGCUGCAGUGUGGCCCGCCACUCCCGCUAUCAGCUUACCGACAAACAAUCCUUACAAUCCCCACUAUAGGUACAUCAUAUUUACACUACACUUGCAAUACCGUUAUCAUGCUGAAGCGGGCAGGUUAUAUAAUAAAUUGGCGGGUUACAUUGCAACCUCCCUCGUAAUUACUGUUCUUAUAUUAACAUUAUUUUGCGUGGGCAUAUUGAUACCUGUGAAUCAUUCGCGUAUAGACCCUGCGUAAUUAAUUAAACACUGGAUGAAAUCGGUGGACGUAAUUAAGGAUCACUUUUUGUUCCGUCGUUUCUUAUUUUCUUAUGCCACGUUAUGAUAUCCAUGGACCUCAUGCAAUUUGUUUAAAGAUCAUAAAAUCAAAUGGUGUGGUAAUUCCUCAUUAUUAUGUCAUAUUUUAAGCCGUCGGAGAUUGAUGAUUUUUAUUUUGAAUUGAUGUAUUUUAUUGUAUACCUUUUUAACUUAUUUGAAAUCUGGUCAAUGGAACAGUUCAGAUUAGAACAAUGGAAUGCUUCGGUCUAUAAUGAAAUUAAUGAACUUCAGUCUGUUUGACAGUCCAUGGGUACACAUUUUCGAAGGUAUUUUAAUCUUUUUUUGACAGUAAUUAAUAUGUGAUGAAGUAGUCUUAUAAAUAUAAAAAUAUUUUUGACUUUCGUUAAUUAUGUGUAUUGUGGAAAUCUUAAAUGAAUGAUGUAAUAAUGUAUUUCCAAUUAUCUAUUUUCUGACAGUCUCAUUGCUGGCACACUCCUAACACAACUUUUGAGGCAUUUACGCACCCUAAAAUCGAUGUAGCUAAUGUUUCAGUAGAUUUAGAAAUUGAGAAGUACCGAUACAGUAUAAUAAGUAAUAUUAAUUAAAAUUUGUCUGUAGAAAUCCCAUAUUGUAAUAUCUGUCAUCAAAGUGGUCUAUAAUUUGAAUGUGAAUUUAUCAAUAAAAAAAUAAGAAUCAA